AACGGAUUCUUUUUUUAUGCGAGAAAAUCGCCUGAAGGCGGAUGUGCGUAUCGCGUUUGUAGUUGCUGGAGUCGAUAAAUGUGGAUAGAAAUAAUCAUGAUGAGUUCAGUAAAAAUUUGAUCUGAAGACAAUUAUAACGAUAGGGAACUCAAUGAAGAAGACGGUAAUGGACGAUCCCCCUGAGGGGAGCGGCGCACGCGUCACGGCCGCCUCAACCGAUUUCCAUUUGCGAUAUCUGAUAGGGCGUGCCCGCGAGGAGUCCAAGGAUACGUCCAUCCUCGGAAAUAUCCGCCCGCUCGUCAAGAACGCCUACGCUCUGCUAGAUGCAAACUUCGACAGAUUCGUCGAGAAUGAAUUCUCUGCCGAUCUGUUGGUGCAGUUUGCGGAGGUGGCUCUGCUGGUCCCCGGCCCACCAGGCUUUCCGCGCGAGAAAAUCGAGCGCGCACUGGAUCUCUUCGACCGGGUCGGCACGGAACCAAGCCAAUGGGUCGCGCGCUCCUAUCUGGUUCGAGCACAAGUGGAGGGCAAAAAAAUUACGAUGGCACAUUGCUCAGCCUCAGCCUCAGCCGCGGUCUCUUAGCCCGCAUGUCACUGAUAACUUUUCUUCCUAUUGUGAUUUUGUGCUCUUAUCGACCACAACAUCAACAUGAAUCAAGAAUCUCAUCUAGUAGGUCUGUCAUGUCUUCUAUCAUGCCGCCGAGUAGUUUGAUCGUCUAAAAAGAAUCUUUCCGAGCUGAAGGGAGAUCACCUGGUUGUGCAGGUGAAGUACGCGCUUAACAUUCUGCUGCGUGCGAACAAAAUCGCGGAGAUGCCGCAGUUUAAAGCACGCUACAAUUUCGUCGUCUACAACGCCACUCUAUUGUACUGGGAUCUCGUGCGGCCGCUCUGUCGCAUAAACGGGUGGCAAAGUAGGGUGCUAGCUGAAACGAAAGAACUCAGCGACUCGCUGACCGCGGCAGCCACGCAGGCUGACGGCUAUGCCCAGACGCGGUCACCGAUCGUCACGCAGUGGCGAAUCGAGUUCCUAUUGAAUCUCGCUUUUGGACUAGAUGACGAAGGAAAAAUGCCCGAUGCACAGAAGCUCCUCGAUCAAGCCCUGGAGCUAGUCAGGAUGAACGAAGCAGACUACACAAACGCAGUGGCAGCAAAAGCGACAGCUGUUGAGGCCGGAAAUGACCCUGAUUUGAUACCUACACCAGAGCCACCACCACAAUGGUUGCGUCCACUGGUACUUUUUCUACGAGAUGACUACUUAACUGGAACCUGUACUACUACAACUACUAGCUCUCGCAGUAUGUGAACAAAUACAACAUAGUACAUGCUGGACACGGAGAUGAUGAUGUUGUUCUUGUUGUAGCGAGUGAGGAGCUGCAGAGGGCUAUGACAAACAGCAAGAGCCUCGUAGUUCAGGUCACUCUUAGUCUCAACAGAGCAUGAUUAUGAUACAGUUGUAGUACUAGUUCUACUACGUACUGUAAAAAAGUUUCAGUCCCACCACUUGUUGUAGUACGUGUUGUAUAAUUGUCUCCUAAUUCCUAUCUGCGAUCUUUUAUUGCAGGUCGAGUCUGCGCGUGCACACAUGUACCGCAGCAACACUAAGACGGUGAUGGGCCAGGAUUCCAACAGUGUGGUCCACUUUGUGCAGAAUAAGGGGAUGACGAAUUCCACGGAGGUCGAGACCGAAUUGGCGAAGUAUUGGGUGUCGAUGGAUCCUGAUUUUCAGCCGUUUUGGGCAUCUCAAGGUCGAGACGAAGUCGCGAGGCCAGGGAACGAACUGAACGUACCGGAAACGCAAAUCAAACUCGCAGCUACCCUCAAAGCGGCGGCAGCGGUUGGGAAUUUCAAUCUCGCGCAGGUGAUGUACAAGAGAAUAGCGGGACUGCGCGCUCCGCCGCCGCGCGGAAGAAUCUUGAUCGACAUGGCCAAAGCCCACAUCGAUGUCUGGAAAGGUGAGAUAGAAUUGCAAAGUUGAAGUAAGUACUUACUUCUGAAUGAUAGCAGAUCGAUGAUGACGAAUGACGAUGAUGCAGAGGCUCUGCUCUAUCAAUCAGAAAAUACCAAGCUCAUUGUAUUCUGUACCCAGCACUACCAACUUCAACUUCAACAAUAGCUACGAACCUGAUUGAGUACGCCUCGACAUCGGGGAUGGUGUUGGACCCAGAGGAGCAGUGGGAACGAGAGGUGGACGCUCGUGUGCGCUCUGUGCGCCUGUGUGAACAGUGCAUUGUGGCGGGGAAGCGGAUCGAAUCCUUGGAUCUGGUUGAGGAGAGCGCGAUGAUGGUCUACAACUUCUCUGUUCCUCUGUUGCAGACGGCGUAUCGUUCCCAAGUCCACAAAUCGCUGUCGCGCGCUGCCGAAGUGCUUGCGGAACUGCAAUCGAAUCUGUUCAUCUUGCGCACGACAUUGCACUACGAAGCUGCGCGCUGCGAGGUUGCGAGUGACUUGCUAACAAAGGGGCAGGAAGAGCUGAAGAAAUGCAAGGCCUUGGACGAAACACUCCACGAAACAAAGGAACUCACCGAAGAGAUGCGGUAACAGUUGCAGUGGAAAUCUUUUGCAUCAUGACAUGUGUGUGUAACUAUAAAGUAGACCUCGAAAUCGAAGGACCUUGGUGUUUUUAUUUGUCAUCUAAAUUGAAAACGAUGAUUAUAAAAGUAGCAGGUGGUGAAUUUUCACUGGAAACAGAACAACAACGAUUUAACUUGGACCUUGUACCUGUUGCCUAGCUCAUCCGAACUACAACCUCCAGCCCGAAGCCUGCUAAUACGGAUGAGCUUGCGAAGACUGGCACAAUUCUCGACCCAGCACCCUUCACACGGCGUAUGCGAACACAGACUGUUGACCCUUUGGCACACUUGCUGAAGUGGAAACUGUCCCUCUACGACGAUCCUACUGGACUAGACCAGAUCAUGUUGUGGUUAGAUCAGCAACCCAUUACGCCAAACGUUAUUUUGAAGGCGUACAACAAAUUAGUAGAGGAGGAAUUCGAGCCGGUUUACCAGCAAAUCAAUGAGGACGAACUGAGGCAUAAGUACGUCAAGCUGCCGCAGUGGAUUGAGGAUCCAAAGAAGGACAUAAAGCCGUAUAAUAUGUUUUACUAGUCGUGAGUCAGCGUUUUGUCGCGGAUUGAUGUAUACAUUAAUGUGCCUGAGUGUAGAUGUACACUGUCGCGCUUUCGUUCACCAGAAACGUUAUAAUUGUAUGUUUAGAACAAAUAAUGCGGCCAGUGCAUCCACCUGAUUCAUCCGCACUCAACUUGUCCCAAGUACGACCACCAACACAACUAGGUACAAUCCUAUGCACGCUCCCUGUACCGUGAUUCCCACGCCGGACGCUAUAGACACCUCAGUCUCGACGCAGUCGAUGGACAAACGGAUGCACUCAGACCGUGAAAUCGGAAUCGAUAAGAUCAAGAUGGUCGCCUUAAUGUUCGCACAAUGUUCAGCUCGCGCGAUGGAGAAGAAGAUGAGCACCAAGGAAAUCGUUGAUAUGUGCGACAAGGCUCUUUUUAUCGAAAAAUUUGUGGAUUUCGGUCCGUGGCCAGCCGAGAUUGAGCAAGCCGUUGCGCUGGCACAGGUGGCCUUCCGGAAAGCGCAAGCACUGUGCGAGGAGUUGGACUCGGUGUGCGGAGUGAGUGAGGAAACGAUGUACGCCAUGUUCAUGGACGGCGCGGAUGACGGCGGCAUGCAAGAGGAACUGGAACCAGAAGACUAUGCAAAACGAAACCAAGUGAAACGGGAUAUCGUUGAUUUGGUACCUACAUAGGAAGAACUCGUUGAUUCUCACGAUAUUACAGAUCUAGAUGAUCGAGCCUCGCUAUAAGAUGAAGAAGGUCGUGGUUGGCGUUAAAAAUCUUAUAUCUAAAUGAUCGGGGUCGGCUACAACCUAGCUCUAGUAGUAUUACUUACAACUUCUAGUUCUAGAAAUAUGAAAAAUCAAUCCGACAACCACCAGAUUCUCUACGGUCUUGACAUUGCGGAUCGAUUCAAGCAGGACUGGCUGAUUUUCAACGGUUUGCUACAUUUUUGGAACUUUCAUCUGGGGCUAUUUGAGGUGAUCGCUGAGAAUCAAAGUAGAGUGAAUGAGGCAAGCAUCGCCAAAUCUCUUGGGCGCGACCCAGCACCAGUCCCACCGGUGGUGUACUUGAGUGAUUUCUUUCGGGGAUGCCGCACUUGCUUUGCUCUCGCGGACAAGUACUUCAUUCCAGCACAAAGUCUUGUCCUGAGGAAUUUGACUCUGCUCUACAUGGACAGCUUAGCGUACCUGGAAAACAGUGCAGCGGAUGCAAAAAUCAAUGCUAUGUUGACAAGACUUGACUAUGUCUCCUUUUCUGAUUGGAGAGUUUUGUCAGAAUGAUCGCAUGAAUUAUUGACGACCACGUUUCAUUCGGGACUUUUUUCUGUUGUCAUUUGUGUAUUGUGUAAGUCCUCACACUAUAAGUCAAGUUAUCGUAUGUGACAGAUACUAGUACUACUUCUCUUGGUAUGACAGAGACAGAAGAAAGACUACUCCUACUCAAAAUUGAAAACCUCGCGCAUGCUCACUCUGAGCGACCUCAGCGGACCGGCGUACCUGGUGGAGGAUUCGCAGCUUCGGAUAGCGGUGGUUAAGUGCAGUGUCUUAAACUAGCACUAGCUACUUAGUUAAAAUAAAAUUAGAUUGACAGGCCCAAACCCCCUCCACUUCCCUAGGCUCAUUCACCACUUCGCCCCAAGUGAGACUGAGCCCUCCUACCGGCGCGCCGCUUGCUUUCCACGCUUGAACUCGCCUUAUCUGGAUGACGUUUUUGAAGUAUCCAAGCUCCGGCGCCACCUGGUGCCGCAGCUUGGCAGAGGCCAAAAACGUCAUCCAGACACGACUUUGCCGCAUGUUCUGCUCAUGGCCCCUCCGCUUUCGCGCUCCCGCCACCCCUUCCUAAACCCUAGUGCUACCCUACUGUCUUGGGCCUGUCAAAAUAUCUAAUCUUUAACCAGCUAGUUUAAGACGCUGCAUUUACCCGCUGCGGUCCACAGCUGGGGCCCUCCGUCGGUUCGAACCAGCGCCCAGAGGGCAGCCAAAAUCAGCAUUAGCGAAGUUUUCAGGUUUGAGUAGGAGUAGUCUUUUUUCUGUCAUACCUGCCUUGGUGCUGUUGUUACUAAUACUCACAUUGAACACGCCUAAAAGUCUAAGACUAGAUCUAGCGAGAAGCCGGACUGCCCUCCGGUUUCUACGGACGCCCUUUUGCAGGCGUUAUUAGCGAAACUGCGUAAGACCGCAAAGAAAGAAGUUUCGGCACGAAUUACGAAAACGGCUCUCGUCAUGCAAGGGCCUGCAACGGCGAUUACAGUGGCAGCAUCAACGGAAAAACCGAAAUUGCAGUAUCCAGAUAUGCAGUUCGGCGGCACACCAUUAGUACGGCAAUCCUUUGACGUCGUCGUUGUGCGUAAGUCUUGCCCAACAUAGGUGAUAGAAUAGAUUGAAGUUCGUUCCUGUUAAUUUUCGAACGAACAGUGUCUCAGUCUAACUUCUCUCACAAUCGCCUGAUCAUGUAUUGAGACACUUCUAGUUUUAGCUUUAACGAGAGAGCUCGAAGCCGGAAAGAAGACUGACUUGCGCAUUGAGGGCGACGUUGCACGACUCUGCGAGCAGAUCGCAGCCGUGCCGCAACAGAACGACAAGUGUCAGUCUUUGGUUACGCAAUGCGUCGAUUUGUUGAAUGGCUGGCAGCCGAGAUUUGAGGAUGAGGAGGAAGCCACGCUGUACAUCGAGCUGUGGACACGGUUGGGACGGAAUUGCCUCGCUUGUUUUGCGCCCGACGUGAACAAGACGGGCCCCAAGUUCGGGCUCAUGUGCGGCAUCAAGGCGUUAAGGGGUCUGGAUGUGCAGAACAUCCUCGAGGUGGAGAAAAAGCAGAAGAAGAGCCGCAAGCGAGGAGGCGAGUCACCGAAAAAGAAGAAGGAGAACACGGAUCCAACGCAGCUUUUUGCGGUGAAUGAGGAUGCGCGCCGCCCCCAGCACUGCUCGGAUUUGCGGUCCGGGUGGCGCGGAGCCGCUUUCGCACUGUGCGGCGCCUCGCUCGCCACACUUGUGAAUCCGAGCGCCCAGGAGAAAAACUCAGUUCAGAGUUUGCGCUACACCGCAGUCUUGCAAUUCGCUGGAGCUCUCGAGCACUGUACGGAGGCGGAGCUUCAUGGAGCAUUAGCGCUUUACAGUGCGCAGCGCAUGUACAACAUUGCGGCAUCGUUGCUGCAGACGGACCGCCAGUCAAGACUGUUCGUGCUGAAGCCGUUACUCACCGCUGCUCGCGUACUGUCGAAUCUGCGUUUGCAGGACGACCCAGAACUUCUGCUGGCUCUUUAUGCUGCCAUUUUCUCGGUGUACGCAGACCUGGAGGACUGGUCCAAGAUCCAACUGGUCUUGAAUGCCGCGUUCAAGAUCGUGCCAUUGGAGUUCCAGCGGAAGCUGUGGGCGCUCCGAAUGGUGGCACUCAGCAAACAAGGGAAGAACGUGCAAGUAGCGAUGGGCAAGAUGAAGGAGUCGCAAGCGACGGCGCAGGCGAACAUCUGGAUUAUUCUGGCGCACUCAGCAGUAAAACCCCUAGAACAGCUUGAAGCGUACAACAAGGCAGUUGACAUCCUCAGCAAAGCUCAACAAUACUCCGUGAUUGACGUGAGGCUCGAGCUAGCCGAUUUUCUGUCGGCUCGUCGCGAAGAACUAGCUGCAUUUGAGGUCGCACGACAUGCGGCGGACAUGCUACUCGACGUCGAAGAGGAAGCCGUGCAGGACAAAGAAGAAGAUGAAGCGGCCAUGACCGGCAGUCAAGUCUCGAGUCGGCUCAGUCAGCGAGCUGACGCCAAGAAGCCUGGAACCGGUACUAGCCAGAGCCGUAUUAGUGGUGGGAAGAAGAGCGGUCCCGGGAGCGUGAUGUCGAAAAGAAGUAAGGCUGGUAGCGGCUCUGGCAGCCGCGCCAAUCGCAGCGGGACCGGCAGCUCUGUUACCGGAAGUAGCAGUAGACAGAGCCGCAACGCGCUUCUCAACGCUAACGACACGACGAUGCCUGCCAAACUCAACGCACUACACUACGAGCACAUCCUUCGAGCCAACAUCGCGCAAGUCGCUUAUUCGCGCUCUGGAGAGGACUUACACACUGCUCUAGCGUCAUGUGUACACUUCGUUGGACGUAUCUUCGAUUCCACGAUCGAACUCGCAAAUCUCUGCUCUGUAGCAGUGUACAUUAUGGUGCGGGCGGAAGAUGAAGUAGGCGACGUUGCAAUAGAACUGGAUCUGGAAGAUCAUGACCUGUUCAGCCUGUACCUGAUGUAUUUGUAGUUUGUCCUUCUCGAAGUCCUGAUGCUAGUAAAAGUCUUGGAUUGAUGAUGCACGCUUUGCUGCUCUACGACCUGUUUAUCUAAUUUUCACAAGAAAAUCGCAGAGCUAAUCGAGGAACAGGAGAAAGCACGGGCAAAAGUUGAAAACCAGCUGGCAGCUGGCGCUAGUGGUGUCCCGGAUGAGCCCACUGUUGCGAAGCCCAUGUGUGCGCCCUUCUGUACCUCCUCCGAUUUUCUUGACUUCGCAAAAGUUUAUGCCGAUUGCACGUUCGGCACAGCAGCGAUGGGCGAUCUUGAAAAGUCCAAUAGUAAGAUCUUGCUAGAGAAGGUCGUUUUCGCAAAAACGAACUUCCAGGCAUUGAUCACGAUGCUGGAGCGCGGUUUGCCAGUACUGGCACAGAAGGAGCAUUUGACAGUGGAGCAGUACUUUUACGCUGGUAACCCCGCGAUGUUCGCAAAGCCGCUGCUGUGUUGGUGGGGACUUGUCAGGUAUUGUAAAGUAGUAUUGAGUGCUGGUUUUCUUUCUAUGUGUGCUGGUGCUCCUUCAGUUCGACUUGGAGGUCCGAAACUUCUUGCUUUAACUGUACGAGGUUGUAUGCAACAUCAUUUUAUUUACAUAGAUGAUUUGCGUUUGCCGUAUGGGUUAUAUACUUUCACUGUCACUCCCUCGUUUCGAUCUCGUUCGUUCCAGGCUUGAGGCUGCGCUGGAGCAACAAGGCUACUUCUUUUGGCUCUUCCCGGUUUUGGAUCUCCAACAGCUGUUAAUAAAUCAGUUCUGGGGUUUGGAGAUCGUGGAGUUUAUGCGAGAAAACGCUGCUCAGACCAAGGAGCAGUUGGAGAAAAUGACCGCCUUCGAACGCGAACAGAAGAAAAUUCGUGAGGGGCUCAAGAUCUGUACGAAGAAGGCACUAGACUGUCUAGUAGCGAUGAAGCGCAGCCGCUUGUGCCACGUUGCGCGGCUGUUCGACGACUCUGCUACGCACUGGGCCAUGGCCAAAGAUUUCCUGUACUCGGUGACCAAGACGCUGCCAGACUUCAGACCGGAGGCAGACGCGGCGUUUGCCCGUAGAGUUGUCGUGGACGAUGGCACACUCGGUGGAGCAGCAGGUGCUGGAGACCAAACUGCAGACGAAGCUGGCGACGCGAACGAUCUUACCAAGCUUUUGCGGGGUGAGAAGGAUCCGAAGCCUGAUAAGCCAAUCGUCGCGGACGAGUCUUUAGACUUGUCUUCAGUAUUCGCCGACGAGCAUCGAGCCGCGCCCUGGCGCGUAGGUGAGAAGCUGAAGAUUUGCGAGAUCUGGCUUCUUCUCGCAGAAGAAUGCCUUGAAAUCGGGGAGUACUCGACAGCCGGGAAGCUGUUGAGCGAGACGCGGUAUCACGCAAGGUGCUAUGGGGAUGCCCGCACUUUUAGACGUGCCAGCAUAUACCAAGCACGCACAAUGAUAGGUGAGGGCCGCGCGGAAACUGUGCUACGUGAGAUUUUGCGGUUGCAGUUUAAAGUCAAAGGCCUCGACGUCUCUGCGCUGGUCGACGUGGUCGACUUGGCGCAGCGCGCGUACAGUCAGAUGGGCGCGCCAAGUGUCUUUUUGGAAGAUCUUUUUAACAGCGGCCUGCGUCAUCUGGCCUCCGUCGGACCUAUUGCUGAUGCAAUGCCGGUCUUUUCGCCCAGAAGCCGUGUGGAGCAAGAUAGUCUAACCGGCGCUGCAGCAGCGGGCGACUCCGGUGCUUCGGGCGUGCGAGUCUUGAGUCCAACAUCAGUAGCGACGAGCGGCGGCGCGCGCAGGGGAAUAUCGUCUCCGGGAGGUGAAUCGCGAACAGCAAUGACACCCUCGCGGGCAGCUCGAAGUGCAAAUAUGUCUAGCGGAUUCUCAGCGGCCGGGGGGGCUGCUUUUUCUCUCUUAUGGGGUGAUGGUAAAUCUAGAUGUUAUAUAGUGCUAGUGUUUAUCCUCUUCACAUUCACACAUGAUGAGGCGAUUCUCCUUGUCGGGCUCUUCUACUAAAGACUAAAUGUCUGUUUUUCAAGGUCCACGCUUUUGAACAUGUGCACACAUACGACGUUACCUCUGUUAGCUAGUGCUGGAUCCAUUAUGUCUACCCUACCAGUACGCAGCACCACCGCUGCGAAGACUUUUUUCAUUUUGCGUCGACCAACUUGGUGCUACCAACAGCGCGGGCACCGAAAAGAUCGCAGAGCUUUGCCGGUUACUCGAGCUCGAGCUUGGCGUCAAGAUUGGGAAGCUGAAGCGCAUGCAGGUGAACAGUAGGGACUUUUUUCAGGAGGUUGAAGGGUGCUGGACAGCGGUCAGCCGCAUUAUCCACAAGUAUCUUGCCGCCGGGUACUUCAAAGGAGCCCUUGAAUCGGGCAUGAGCCUCGUGAAGAAGAUGGAAGCGAUUUACGACAUCUUGAUAAACACGUACGACCCAGGCCAGAUUCGCCCUCAUGUCCUAGUCGCUUUCGAAGACCGUGCACUAGACACUCUCGAAGCCCUGCGCGGCGCAAUUGCAGAACUCACACGACGGAUUCCUUCCGCGCCGCAUCUGCGGGGUCACUGCGGCCCACUAUCCGACACCGUCUUAGAAUUAUGCCUUGAAACUGAAAGUGUUAGUACACAUACACUUACACUUACACUUACAGAUAGAUGACAUCGUGAUAAACAUGAACGUGAAUGAAAAGAAGUAGACAUCAGCAAUGUACCGCUCCUAUUCGUCAGGUACAUGAAAUUGAAAUUGAAAAAGUCUGUCAAAAUAAAUUUUUUGGACCUCCUCUUCCUCUCGGGCUUCCAAAAUGUACUAUGCUCUUCUUCAACACAAACCGGCGCCUUCUGAACAACGUCUCGCUAAUGAGUUUCGAGGUCAUUUGUAGCCGACACAAGGCGCAGCGGCGUACGCAUGCCAGAAAGAAUGCUGCGCUGAAGUACCAAGUAGGCGGCAGCUCUUCCUCCACAGCAUCGACGCCGAACAAACCACCACUACCCGGCGCAGUGGACACGUCGAUCUUCUGCUUGCCGGCAGGGCCUUCGGCGGAUGCUUCCUCGCCCUCGUCCAAAAAGAGUGCUGGUGGAAGCAAAUCACGGACAAAUACAUCCCUCGGUGGAACUGGUAGUAAGAACAAGGCAGGAGCUUCAGGUGGUAGCGUGAACACAUUCAUAGACAAAGGAGGGUUUUACGAACCACUGAAGCCAGUAGAGGUGCGCGACGUUAGCGAGAAAUACCUGGAGGAGCUGUCCGGCCGUAUCGAAAGCGAGUCAGAACGGUUGAACGGACCAAAAAAGCCGACAGAAAUCGACUUCUCGGUGGGUGCGAUCCACAGUGCCUACGCGGAACUAGACUAUAGCCACUCAGUCACACGCUACCCGAAUCUAGCAAAGCUGGGAGCGGUUUCAGCUUUAUGUCUGUAAACUACUUACAUGCUUUCGCUUUCAUUUGAAUUGAGUCGACUACUAAGAAUUGCCAAAGAAAUGCUAGAAGUUGCAGCAAUAAAGUGUGCUUUACCACUUAUUUCGGGAAUCCUUUCCGCUCCUGAUGAUACGUUGUAAAAAUGAUAACAGCAACAUGAACAAUGAAUGCUAAUGCAUCAAGUGUUCUUUUCAAGAAGUGUUGAGUCUUUUCAUUAUACGAUGCGGAUGCCAGUAGUGGGACGGUUGCAGCGUCGCCGAUUCUCGAAAAGGGGACUCUCUGUGUCCCUGAGCAUGUGGCGCGUGCAGAGGUAGAGAUGGGCACGCUUAUGGUAGAGCGUGGGCCUGCCGCUUUUCCUGACUCAAUGUGGGAUGCGGUGGGCAAGAAUAGCAGAGUUGAGUUCGAACGACGCGCUAUGAUGUUCGAAGACUUCCGAAGUUGCUCAGUGGAACAGAAAAGUUGGGAGGCCAUAGCGUUUGCUGCACCACCGGAAGCGGAAGCUGGAGAUGAGGUAACAGCUAGGAUCUACUCCUAUGUUGAAGUACCAAUUAUGUUAGUGUUUUAUUUCCUCCGCGAUACCCAUGCAUACCUUUCUAGUACUGGUUUUUCAUCAUAGACAGCAGAAAACAUCCAUAUCCAUAUGCGUUUCAAGACUGUCAGACGAGAGACUCAAGUGGAACCAGAAGCGGAACUUCCCAAUUCUCAGGCCGCUUCUCCAUCUGAGCCUGUGCCUCCGCAGCGGACGAGUGACAUGUUCGAAACUGGACGCGAAUACCUGGAACAAGCAGUCCCAGUGUGCUUGAAGCACCGGCAUUUCCGCUCGGGUGCCCUUGCGUGUGAAACCCUUGUAAACUCAGUCUACGGCCCAACGAAUAUGCAGAAAACCUUUCACUAUCUAGCAUGGAUGCAGCUCUUCAAGGCACUAGACUUCGGUUAUGCCACGCUGAUGCCCUAUGUGUUGCCUCCCGACCACACCGAGAGAAUUGUGGGAGACAAUUUGAAGAUGCUAUCUAGGAAAUUCGCGCGACCGGAAAUGCUUCCCGGAUACGUGGAUUUGCUGGCUCAAUACCAGAAAGAACCUAUGGGAGAGCUUUCGGAGACCGUGCUAGCACUACCGAGCAACAUGGACCAGGUGCGUGAUAGUCCUACAAAUCAUCGUGGUUUUUCUCAUCUAAAUCACCUUUAUCAACAUCAAGAUCAAGCAACUUGAAAGUUUCAAAUUAAGUAGAGUUAGAGAUCUUUAAGUAUCCAUGCCUUGUAGUGACAUUCAGAUUCCUAGCGCUAGCUCCCGCCACGACCAUAAAGAACGUCAUGUCAACCGCAGGUAAUCCGUGAGUUGCUGCCUUCGCUGACUUUGUAUGUGACGUUGCAACUCGAAAGCGACUUCCUUCUGGUAGGAUCUGCGUUUUACCCAGGUGCGCCAGGGACCGUCUCAGCGAACCGCGUAAAGAGCAACUUCGAGACAGACCCGACGGUGGGUGUUCCACAGGGGUCCUCAUCAAGCAGCACUUCAGCUGGUGGCGUCGAGUAUUGCUGCUUUAAGAUUCCUGCAAAGCGGUUAGACUUCUCCCACCUCGUCGCCAUGGUUCAUGACGCCUACAGCGCAAUCGAAAAGGAGCUAAUCGGAAAUUUCACAGUGCCUCCACCAAACCCAGCAUACGACGCGGCAGUGCAAGCGAUGGAGAGCUUCUUCGAGCCUUUAUUUACGAGGUUACGCGAUGAGUUCGUGGCUGUAGGCCAACCGGAGCGACGUCCCGCCAACCUGUUCAUUACAGUCGACGAUCUGCUGUUCGAUGUGCCAUUCGAGCACCUGACUUGCGUCUCCAAACUCUUCCCGCAGUCGGUAGACUGCUUUGUCGGACGCGAUAUUGCACUCCCGCUUCUUGCCGUACGCGGCGCCCGCAGUUGUCGAGACAUGUUGUCACUAUGUCUACUACAAACAGAAACAAUAGAUACAGAAGCCACGAUCACACAUGAACACGAUCACAGAAGGUCAUUCAGUUAACACCUCCUCAUACCAUUACAAUGGUUCUCUAUCACUAUCUUUCGAUACAUGCUACAUGGGUCCUUGUAGAGGAUUAGGAUUUGUUCAAUGAACAUCAGGGCACUUGCUUUAUCCUCUGUCUAAGACUAGCCCGUGUGCAGAUUGCGCAGGAUACAGGGAUGCUGCGACCCAGCUUUGUAGAGGAGCCGGGCCGUGUCGAUCCAAAAAACGCGCUUGUAAAACGCGCGGUGCUUGGCUUCGAGCGUGGAAACGCGUUGGCCAUCGUCGACGCCAACAAUGAAGAUCAGUACCUACCACAAGAGCAGGGCAAUUUGCUGAAAGAUUACCCAGCUGUACCAGCCGGUGUCGAAAAACUCUUUUUAUGAUGACGAAAACGAAAACAAAAAGAAAAUGCAAAAAUGAACUUCGCUCUUGCGCUUGGCGUUGUAGAAAUGAUUUCAAGUGAGUUUUUUUCAUAGUAGACUCAUGUUUAGUACUAUCAUAACAGUUAUUACAUAACUGAUUCUGUCAACAACAAAAAACGACACAUACUUAGACGCCUCUAACCCCUGGUGAUCCAGAGAUCAGCGCGUCCGUUUUUGUGGAAAGCUUACAGACGUCAAGGACGCUGAGUUACGUGGGCUUCUCGAAAUUGCUCAUGAGCAUCACAUCGUCGCAGUUUGGCAGUUCAGACUUGCGAAAUUUAGAUGCGCUGCUUAUGUUCUGUCGUGGAAUGAACGACAAGUAUUACUUAGUUGUUGAUGUUCUAUCAUACCUAUAACAUGAUGAUGAGGAUCUUGAUGAUCUUGAUGUUGAUCUCAUUCAUCAAUCACGAGUAGGUGUAGCUAUAGCAUGCUUCAUACGACUGGAGCAGGAUCAUUAGUCGAAUGCAGGUGAUGGUAUCAACACAAUAUGUUCGUCCGACAGUCGCAAACCACUUUGCUCCUGCUCAGGGCCUUCCGUCGACAGAAAGCGAUUUUUGGAGAUAACUUGAUCGCAAAUAAUGGCUCUGGCUAUUCAAUUGCGGUUUUGGCCUCACUGCGUGGCAUGAAGGCGAUGAUAAUGGCGCAGGCGCCUCUGCCUAUCACGCAGAUUCAAAGGCUAUCUGGAGAAUUCUGGAACGCAUUCUAUGGAACGGGCGCGACCAUCAGCGAGAGUCUACGGUACGGUGCUUUUUCUAUCACUGUUGCUUGAUGUGUUAGAAUCUCAGAAACAUAAUCUGAAUCAGAGAUGGAAUAGAAUGUUGUAAUUUCACGCUUGUCAUCAUCAUCAACAGCUAAAGCGUGUCUCUUACUCUUUUGGCUUUUAAAGUAAAAGGUGAUCCGGAAGCUUUCAUCUCCACGAACAAGUGUAUGGUUUUGAAAGAUUAGAUAUCCUUUCAUCUGCUACUAUCUACUUUGCGAAUGUCCACCAUCUCUCUCUUUUCCUUUCCAACAGGGAACCGCUCAAUCGGAUUCCUCCGGGACACGCUGAUGAAGUUCAGGGUAGCAGCAGGCCUGCUGCGUUGGGUGAGAAGAUUAGCUAUUCACCAUACCAGAAGAACGCGAUGAUUGCAUUCGGCCUCACUUGGAUGACGCUGGAAGGAGCAGCCGGCGUCAAAAAGAAGUAGACCAUGAAAUUGAAAGUGGUAGUUUUAUGUCCUACUCUACAUUCUUAUUCUUUUACCUCCAAGUGCUAGAACGAAAACACGAUUUGCCCAUUUGUUUCACCAUCACUGUCACACGUGGAAAAAUGAUUGAUUUACGUAGGCGAACUUUCAAUAUCGAGUCUUUUUUCAAACCAUUACCUUUUUUACUGACGCAAUUAUGAACUCUUGCAUGCGGGGUGAAGCGGAAUCCAUUCCGAAAAGCGACAAUAGGGCCCUUGCUAGCUUCUAUUCGUUCUAAGUACGUAAAUCUUCGAGGUGUAGCCUUAUACAACUACUGGGAAUAGUAUUUCUUUUAGUCCUGCGACUUGGACUUGGUCCUGUUGUACAAUAAAUAAAUGAUGAGAUCUACUUCUGAAGCUUCUUUCUACCUUGAAUACUACGCGUUAUCGAGUUUUGAUUACCUAUACCCAGGGUCUGUGGUCUCUCUCCUCUGUAUUUUCUGGCGUUUGAUGUUGUUGUUGACCGAUGAUCAAGAAAGCUGUGGUCGUAUAGGGAUGAACCUAGAUGACAACUGUUUAGGUUUACAAUCUUGACUAACAAAAUCCAGCGAAAGAAUGAAUCAGAAAUACAAACACUACAACAUCAACAAUCUUUAUCUUGAUGAAUCCUAGCAAAUGCUACAAGAAAAUCGGAAGAACUACCACUACAAGCAGAGAGAAACAGAAGACACAAAACAGCGUAUAAAUUUUACCCUAUUUCGGAGUCCAAAAGCAUUGCCGCUUUUGGUUUUGAUCUUCGUGUACCAGUUUCGAAUUCAUAGUAUGUAGCUUUUUCUUUUCUCGGCGAAUGAAUCUGAAUCUAAGCUCUGGAAGACAGGAAAUUGAUAACAAACGAGUCAGGAGAAGGAGAAGCUUCUCGUAAGCAAGGUAGCUUCACCAGAUGGUAUCAUGCAAACACGCAAUUCCAUCUAGUAGCGCCAUUCCAAGACUGAACGCACGCAUGCCCAUGAUGCCCUCUUCCUCGUUUUUUACACGUUAGUCAAGAGGCUUAAUUUAGGGUUCAUCCAAUGAAUAGUUCGUGAUCUAGGUUUUCAUCCUGUGAGGGAGGUGGAAGAAGAUGUAAUUUCCAGAAGACAUCAGACUCUGUCUCUGACUCAAAAGACAGGGACCAACACUUCAGCAUGAGAAGUGAAGAAAAUGAUCCUCAAGAUAUCCGAUGAGCCUGAUAUCUAUGAUGCAGCGAUGAUCAUCAUGUGUUUACUCUUUACAGCAAUUUUGAUCCACCGAAAAUUCCUUAUGGAUGCAUAUUGAGCUCCCAGGAAAAGAAAGUUUGAUCAUAUUUAUACUGCUCGCGAAUUUUUUUGCUACAAAGUACUUAUGGUGUGAGUGGUAUAGAUACUUCUUCUUUUCCAUCAAGCCUGGUAGCAUUGUUGCUCGCCUCGAAGUGGAUUCAUCUUCUUCUUGAUGGCCUCAGACUUGAUUCUCGUAAGUAGAUUGAUUAACGUGCUCCGUGGCAUCGCUUACACCUAUAUCCCCAUCUAGAUUUGUCCCUAUCGUCUUCGUCAUCUAGAUAUGAGAAUAUAAUCAAGACCAAGAUCACGGCUGCGCUAAAACAAUAAUAUUGACUCUGAAGAAGAAGAAUUAUGUAGCGACAACGACAGUGAAUGUGAACAAGAAUUGCUAUUACCAAAGAACAGCAAAGACAGAC